UGUGAAGCAAGGAAGCUACGACUAAGGAUAUGUGAUAGCUGGGACAAGUAAGCAAGUGACUAGUCGGGGCUGGUCCGGAUAAGAAAAAGACUUGUAUGUCUCUUUUUUUGCUAUUUCUCGGUGCGGCUACUGAAUUCUCUCCCAGGACUGGGAUUUGUGGUAGACACUCGCGGAUAAUUUUGCGUGAUUUAUUCUACAAGUACAGCCAGAGAAGUGUAUAGAAAACGCAGUUACAGGAGAUGGCACUACUUACACUGUUCUGAGGAUUUUAAUCCGAAACUUCAGUAAGCAAGCCAAUGAUACACGCAUAAGUGAGGUGUUACGGUUACAUUUAAAUGUCUCAAGGCAUUUUUGUUUUAGAUCUUCUUGCCAUCUUUAAAAAAUGGGGCGUUUAAAUCAAUUUUAAACCUCUUGAAGUAGACAAGUGCUGAAGGUUUCAGCUUUGCAUAAUGGCUUACCGCGGACUUGUCAUACGAGGAUGAGCUUCUAUCAGCAAGAAAGAUAACUGUCCGCAGGGCAAUGCUCGGCUCUUUGCGGUCGGGGCAAAGUUGGACCUGAAAGCUGGAAGGAUUCACUGGCCACAGAAUCGCGGACACUUAGAGAGAAGGCAGCAAGUGCCUCUUCAAACCUGUUGUUAAUCCUUCGAGGAGGUAAAGGCGCGAGGGAUGGCAUCAGAAGUGGUGUGUGGGCUCAUCUUCAGGCUGGUACUCCCGAUAUGUCUAGCAGCAGCAUGUGUCUUUCGUUACAAUGGGCUGUCAUUUGUCUACCUCAUCUACCUUUUACUCAUUCCACUUUUUUCCGAACCAACAAAAACAACAAUGCAGGGACAUACAGGAAGGCUACUAAAAUCUUUGUGUUUUAUAAGCCUCACAUUUCUGCUACUCCACAUUAUCUUUCAAAUUACAAUAAACAGCCUCCAGGCAGGAAACACAAUUGAUCCUGGGUUUAACUGUUCUGUAUGGGAGAAAUCAAUAAGACAAAUAGGCUUUGAAAGUGUAAGGGGAGCCGAUGCAGGGAAUGGAAUCAGGGUGUUCAUUCCAGAUAUUGGGAUGUUUGUUGCAGGCUUGGCAACAUGGCUGUUGUGUCGAAGUCUGGUUCAGAACUCCCUCAAGGAAGACAUGGCCCAGUAUAACACAGACUUUGAAUGUGAAGAACAGGAUGAAGAGAAGCUGGAGAUUGAGGAAGAGAUGAUGUUUGAAGAAGAUUUUGAAACAGGGGAGGUGUGUGAGAUAGAGGAUGAUGAAUUGGAGGAAACUGAGGAGCAAGAGGAGAGCACAAAGAUGAAAGUGCUACGUCGUAUAGCCGGAGUGGCAUCAAAACUCAAAGAAAUUAUUGGCAAUAUUGUAACCACUGCUGGAAAAGUAGUUGUGACAAUAUUACUUGGUUUGACAGGUAUCAUGUUACCAUCUUUGACCUCAGCUGUAUAUUUCUUUGUAUUUUUGGGGUUGUGUACAUGGUGGUCUUUCUGUCGAACAUUUGACCCGCUGAUAUUCAGCUGCCUUUGUGUUUUAAUGGCUAUAUUCAGUGCAGGGCACUUGAUUGGACUCUAUUUGUACCAGUUUCAGUUCUUUCAGGAGCUUGUUCCACCUAGAGACUACUAUGCAAGACUGUUUGGUGUUACACCUGUUAUCCAAACAAAUUGUUCAACAACAUGGCGAAUGAUAGUUCACCCACAAUUGGAAUGGUAUCAUUAUAUCAAUCCUAUUAUGCUGUUGGUGCUGUACUACACUCUUGCAACACUAAUUCGCCUAUGGCUUCAAGAACCUAUUGAGCAGGAUGAAGAAGAUGAAGAAGAAAAUGAAGAAGAGCAAGAUGAAGAGAAAGAUAAUCUCAGCAAUCAGAUUGCUCCUACGGCAGAGAAAAAACGCAGAAUGUGGCGUGAAGCUCGCUAUACAACAGAUGAGAGAAAACUUCUCUCAAUGACUCAGGAUGAAUACCACACAUCUGAUGUCCUGCUGGUCACAGUGAAUGGUACUCCUGUUGACUAUCAUGGUAUCCUGCCGACUUUACCCAUUGAAAAUGGUCCAACAAAACUGGAAAUGUAUUCCACUCCACAAUAUAAGGUUGACAGAAUGGAAAAAAAACUAAAUGGAGAUUGUGAAGACAAUGAGGCAUAUGAUGAACAGGAAGAAGAAGAGGAAGAAGAGGAGGAGGAAACUGAUCCAGCAAUCAUAACAGAAAAUCCUAAAAUUCAUGUUUUAGUCACCAUUUUUAGAUUUAUUAUGAAGCAGAGCUACAUCUGUGCUUUAAUUGCUAUGAUGGCAUGGAGUAUAACCUAUCACAGCUGGCUUACUUUUGUUAUGCUAAUUUGGUCCUGCACACUUUGGAUGGUCAGAGAUAGACGAAAAUACGCUAUGCUCACAUCUCCAUUCAUGGUCUUUUAUGGAAAUCUUCUGUUGGUGCUCCAGUAUAUAUGGAGCAUAGACCUGCCAGAACUGCAAGAAGUACCUGGAAUUCUGGUCAGAAAAGGUGUACCUUUUCAGGAACUGGGAUCAAAGGUCUUAUAUGCCUUGACCUUUUGGCUGCUACUGCGACAAUAUCUUAUGGAAAGAAAAGAAAGACAAGAAGCUGAGGAAGAAGCAGAGUUAUCAGGAAUCAAAGUUGAUAAGGAAGUAAAAGAAGAGAAAGAAGAAAAACAUGGAAAUGAAGUGAUGGAAGUGUUAGGAAAUAUGGUCAUGGGAAUGCUCGUCAAGUACUGGAUCUAUCUUUGUGGAGGAAUGUUCUUCUUCGUCAGCUUUGAAGGAAAAAUUGUCAUGUAUAAAAUAAUUUACAUGAUGCUCUUCCUCUUCUGCGUGGCUUUGUACCAGGUACAUUAUGACUGGUGGAGAAGAAUUUUAAAAUAUUUUUGGAUGUCUGUUGUUGUUUACACCAUGCUGGUAUUAAUCCUCGUCUACACAUAUCAGUUUGAUUCUUCCAGAAGAGUGUGGAUGAAUAUGACAGGAAUGGAUGAGGACAAAUUAAAAGAUUUAGGUUUGGAGAAGUUUUCUGUAUCUGCUUUGUUUACUCGGAUAUUCAUCCCUACUUCUUUCCUUCUUGUAUGCAUUUUGCACCUGCACUAUUUCCAUGACAGCUUCCUCCAGCUCACUGAUCUUAAAGCCGUGGCAGCUAAACAAGACAAUACAAUUUACAGGCUUGUGCACCAGGAUGGGAGCUUGGCAGAUAUCACGAUGAUGAAUGUAAUCAACAGCACUACAACAGAUCCAGAGGAGAAAAAGACAAAUGAAGGGGAGGAGGAAAGCAAAGAAAAUGAGAAAAUAUUGGAAGAGAAGGAGAGUAAAGAAGGGAGCAGACACAGUAGUACAGGAAAAGAACCAAGUGUUUCUCAAUAUAUUGCAGAAGAACCAUCAGAUCUUAAGAACAAAUGGCAUUUGGUGAUUGAUCGCCUGACUGUGUUGUUCUUAAAGUUUUUAGAGUAUUUCCAUAAGCUGCAAUUAUUUCUGUGGUGGUUAAUAGAACUUCACAUCAUUAAGAUCGUUUCAUCAUAUAUUAUCUGGAUGACAGUGAAAGAGGUCUCCUUAUUCAACUAUUUAUUUUUAAUAUGUUGGGCUUUUGCGCUACCCUAUAGCCAGUUUCGUCAAUUAGCCUCAAGCAUCUGCACUGUCUGGACCUGCAUCAUAAUUGUGUGCAAAAUGUUGUACCAGCUGAACUCCAUUGAAUCUACAAGCUACUCGAAAAACUGUUCAAUGCCAAUGAAUUAUAAGGAUGAAGAGAAAAAAGAGAUGAUGAAUUCCAUUCUUUAUAGCAGCCCCAUUGAUCCUACUGAAUGGGUUGGACUGAAGAAGUUUUCACCUCUUUUGGAGUACCUGAGAAACAACUUACUAAUGUUAGCAAUAUUAGCCUUUGAAGUAACCAUUUACCGACAUCAAGAAUAUUACAGGUUGAGGAAUAACCUCACUGCUCCUGUGACAAGAACGAUCUUUCAUGAUAUCACAAGGCAACACUUAGAUGAUGGAAUUGUGAACUGUGCCAGAUAUUUCAUCAACUACUUCUUCUACAAGUUUGGCUUAGAGACAUGCCUUCUUUUAGCAGUCAAUGUGAUUGGCCAGCGAAUGGAUUUUUAUGCUGCAAUCCAUGCUUUCUGUUUAAUUGCUGUAAUGUAUCGACGCAGAAGAAAAGCUAUUGCAGAAAUCUGGCCCAAAUACUGCUGCUUUUUGGCAUGUAUCUUGACAUUCCAAUACUUCAUUUGUAUUGGCAUUCCGCCCGCAGCUUGUAAAGACUACCCCUGGAGGUUUCCCAAUGCCACUGUUGAUUCAAAUGUCAUCAAGUGGCUGUAUUUUCCUGAUUUUCACACACGCCCCAAUCCAGUCUUCCUUGUUUAUGAUUUCAUGUUGUUACUCUGUGCGUCACUGCAAAGGCAAGUGUUUGAGGAGGAGAACAAAGCAGCUGUACGCAUCAUGGCAGGUGAUAAUGUAGAAAUCUGCAGAGACCUGGAUGCAGCUUCUUUUAGUCAACACAACCCAGUACCUGAUUUUAUUCAUUGCAGGUCUUAUUUGGACAUGUUCAAGGUGAUAAUGUUCAGCUACUUGUUUUGGUUUGUGCUCACUAUCAUUUUCAUUACGGGAACCACACGAAUCAGCAUUUUCUGCAUGGGAUAUCUGGUGGCUUGCUUCUAUUUUCUCCUGUUUGGUGGUGAUCUGUUACUGAAGCCAAUUAAGAGCAUUCUCCGCUACUGGGACUUCCUUAUUGCCUACAACAUUUUUGUGAUCACAAUGAAGAACGUUCUUUCGAUAGCAGCAUGUGGCUACAUCAAUUCCUUGAUCACAAAUAGUUGUUGGUUAAUCCAAGCCCUAAGCCUUGCAUGUACCAUCAAAGAUUAUAAGAAGCCUGUUAAUAAUGGUGCUUGUGAGCUGCCAAGUGAUGAAGCAGGAAUAAUUUGGGACAGCAUUUGUUUUGCAUUCCUUUUGCUUCAGAGGAGAGUCUUCAUGAGCUACUAUUUUUUGCAUGUAGUUGCAGAUAUUAGGGCUUCACAGAUUCUAGCAUCGAGAGGAGCCGAGCUGUUUCAGGCUACUAUUGUUAAAGCUGUUAAGGCCAGAAUUGAAGAAGAGAAGAAAUCAAUGGACCAACUUAAGAGACAAAUGGAUCGCAUCAAAACCCGACAACAGAAAUUUAAGAAAGGCAAAGAGAGGAUGCUGAGUAUGGCACAAGAGUCAGCAGAGGGGCAGAACGUCAGUCAACAGCAAGAAGAUGAUGAUGAAGGGGAAGCAGACAGAGAAAAAGCCAAGGGCAAAAAAAAGCAGUGGUGGCGGCCCUGGGUUGACCAUGCUUCCAUGGUUCGCAGUGGAGAUUAUUACUUAUUUGAGACAGACAGUGAAGAAGAGGAGGAGGAGGAAAAAAAAGAUGAUGAACCACCAAAGAAAUCAGCGUUUCAGAGAGCAAUUGGAAAAUUUGCUUCUGCAAUCUUGGCCUUGCCAAAAUCUAUCAUUAAACUUCCCAAAACAAUUCUCCAGUAUGUAGUUAAAGCAGCAAAGUUUGUUUACCAAGCUUGGAUCACAGACUCUAAAAGUGCUCUUAAGGAAAGAAGCAAAGAGAAACGAAGAUUCUGGAAGAGGUAUACCACUAAAGGUUAUGGGAAGAGAGAUGCAAAAGAAGAUUAUGUCACUAUUGAAUGUGGGGAACAAGAGCAAGAAUCUGAGAUGUCCGAAGAAGGAAAGAAAUCAGAUGGCCCAGAUAAUAUUAUAAAGAGGGUGUUCAAUAUCAUCAAAUUCACAUGGGUUCUAUUUUUGGCACUUCUGGACAGUUUCACUGAAUGGCUUAAUUCCAUUUCUAGAGAGCAUCUUGAUAUUUCAACAGUACUACGUAUAGAAAGAUGCAUGCUGACUAGAGAAAUCAAAAAGGGGAAUGUCCCAUCACGAGAGAGCAUCCAUAUUUACUACCAGAAUCAACUACGGAUGAAUUUGUCAAGGGAGUCUGGACUGGAUAGAAUUGAUGAGGAGCUCUCAGCUUCCUGUUCUCACAAAGAAGAGAGAAGAUGUAGUGCACAUAGAAUGGAUAGUAUAGACUCUGUUCUAUCUCGCGACAGCUUGUCAAGCGUCAACACUGAAGCCACAAUGCUGUUCUCACGUCAGUCUACCCUAGAUGAUAUAGAUGGGCCUGCAGACAGCAUUCCUAAAACAAGUGAGCGAGCGCGACCAAAGCUUCGCAAAAUGCCCAGCAUGGACAUGUCCUCCUCAUCUGCUGACAGUGGCAGCUUUAUUUCAAGUGAGCCAACACAGUGCACUACACUCUACUCUCGCCAGGGCACAGCCGACACUAUUGAAGAAGUUGAAGAUGAAGAAGAUGAGGAUGUUACUACAGUGGUACACCAUACAGAUGGAGAGAUGCUAUCAGAAGCGGAGGUCCCAUCGUCUACAGAGAAGGUUCUUGAACAAGAAGAAGUCAUGAUUGUUGAGGAUGAAGAAGAGCAGUACUCUGACUUAAAGCCUUCUGAAGUUCAGGAGCACCACGAUGUGAAGGAGUACAGUCCUGUAAAAGAUUUUCCAUCUGUUACAGAAGAGCAUAUGUACCCCGUAGAAUGUGAGAUCCAGCUGCAAACACCAGACACAGAGGGGCCUGCAACUUAUCCCACAGAUAUCAAUGUGGACAUUCCUCCUUCCUACAGUAAAGCUGUCAGCUUUGACAGGAUGUCAGUUAGUUCAAAUGAGGACUCCGAUAACAAACAGCUAAUGGCAAUGACUCCAGAUGACAGCAGAACAGACAAUUUGGAUGAUGGCAUCUUGCCUUCCCUUACCCAUGAAUUGACUGCCAGUGAACUGCUACUAAACAAGAUGUUUUAUGAUGAAGAGCUGGAGAGUUCUGAGAGGUUCUACAAGAGGCAACCUCAAAUACUUCAGCUGUUCUAUGCUCUUUACAACACACUAGUAGCACGAUCUGAAAUGGUGUGCUACUUUGUUAUCAUUCUAAAUCAUAUGAUCUCAGCAUCCAUGGUCACUCUGGUGCUUCCAAUUCUAAUUUUCUUGUGGGCUAUGCUGUCUGUUCCCAGGCCCAGCAAGCGCUUCUGGAUGACAGCCAUUGUCUACACAGAGGUUACAAUUGUGAUUAAAUAUUUCUUUCAGUUUGGUUUCUUCCCUUUUAAUAAGAAUGUAGAAGUUAACAGGAACAAGCCUUAUCACCCACCAAAUAUUAUUGGCAUUGAGAAGAAGGAAGGUUAUGUGCACUAUGAUUUAGUUCAGCUUCUUGCUCUCUUCUUUCACAGAUCAAUACUGAAGUGCCAUGGACUCUGGGAUGAAGAUGAUACUACUGCUACUGAGAAAGCAACUCACAGGGAUGAGUCAGAAGAUGAGCAAUCCAUAGCCACAGAGCGAAGAGGGUCAGCUGGAUCUCUGAAGUCAAUUAACUUAGCAGCAUCCUUAGAAUCUGUACAUGUUCAUUUCCCUGAGCAGCAAACCCCAAUUCGCAGAAAGAGUUCCAGUGGUGGGUCACAGAUUAGUCACAGGUCAAACCGCUCAUCUUGCAGAUCCAAAAGAGGUAGCACUAGCACGAGAAACAGCAGUAGAAAAGGAAGCAGUUUGCUAAGUGUUCAUAAAAAAAGUCGAAAGGAGCUUAUAUUGGAAAAGUUAAAAGAGCAGCUCAUUAAGGCAAAAGCAUAUACAAUUAAAAAGACACUUGAGAUUUAUAUACCCAUUCGUCAAUUUUUUUACAAUCUGAUCCAUCCAGAAUACAGUGCAGUAACAGACGUCUAUGUGUUGAUGUUUUUAGCUGACACAGUGGAUUUCAUUAUAAUUGUGUUUGGCUUCUGGGCAUUUGGGAAACAUUCAGCAGCUGCUGAUAUAACAUCUUCUCUUUCUGAGGAUCAAGUUCCAGAGGCUUUUCUGGUGAUGGUGUUGAUUCAAUUUGGAACUAUGGUAGUGGAUCGAGCUCUGUAUCUCAGGAAAACAGUCAUGGGAAAAGUUAUUUUUCAAGUCAUCCUUGUUUUUGGAAUUCACUUUUGGAUGUUUUUCAUCUUGCCAAGUGUAACUGAGAGGCGAUUCAGUCAGAAUACUGUGGCCCAGCUCUGGUACUUUGUAAAAUGCAUAUACUUUGGAUUGUCUGCAUACCAGAUUCGUUGUGGUUACCCAACACGUGUUCUUGGAAACUUCUUAACAAAAAGUUACAACUAUGUCAACCUAUUUUUAUUCCAAGGGUUCCGACUUGUGCCUUUCCUUACAGAGUUGAGGGCAGUGAUGGACUGGGUUUGGACAGACACAACACUCAGUCUCUCCAGCUGGAUUUGUGUUGAAGAUAUUUACGCUCACAUUUUUGUACUAAAAUGUUGGCGAGAGUCUGAAAAGAGAUACCCACAACCACGGGGACAGAAAAAGAAAAAAGUGGUUAAGUAUGGAAUGGGUGGCAUGAUUGUCAUGUUGUUGAUCUGCAUUGUCUGGUUUCCCCUGCUCUUCAUGUCCUUGAUCAAGUCUGUGGCUGGUGUUGUCAAUAAGCCUUUGGAUGUCUCUAUCACAAUAACCCUUGGAGGAUUCCAGCCCAUCUUUACAAUGCGUGCCCAGCAAGAACAAUUAAAAACCAUGAGUGGUAAAGACUUUGGUGGCAUCAUGAGAAAGUACAACAGCAAUCCUGGUGCAAUGCAGUUUUUAGAAGCAUAUACUCAUGAUGAUGUGACAGUGGCAGAGUUAGAAGGAAAUUCAAAUGCAUUAUGGAUGAUCAGUCCACCAAGUAGGCAAAUGCUUACCGAAGUUCUGGAAACAGCAGCAACAUUCCCAGUUUCAAUUUCUUGGACUGUGCAACGGAAUGUCAGUCUUGGUGCAAAGGCAGAAGUUGCACUGGAUAAGCAUACAACUGAUCUUGAUAAUUCAACAAGAAUUGGUCUGAUAGAGCUGAUUUCUGGAGUAAGAAACCAGUCUGUGAAUAUUGUUAAUGUUUUUCCAACCUUCAUCCGUGCUCCAAGUGAUUCCAAUGCAAAACCAGUAAAACAGCUGUUUGCAGAUGGUAACUACAGUACGAUCAGUUUGAGUCUUAAGAGAAGCACAAAUUCAACAGGUCAACAUCAAGAGUGGUGGGUUGUUAAUCAAACGCAGAAAGCUUACAGCUCAAAGGCCGGACUGGAAAUGUAUGUCUUUAGUGAUAAAGUCAGUCCACCAAGUUUAGGAUUUCUUGCUGGAUAUGGAAUCAUGGGAUUAUAUGCUUCUGUGGUGCUAGUGAUUGGAAAAUUUGUGCGUGAAUUCUUCAGUGGAAUCUCCCAUUCCAUUAUGUUUGAAGAGCUGCCCAACGUGGACCGAAUCCUCAAAUUGUGCACAGACAUCUUCUUAGUACGAGAAACUGGGGAACUGGAGCUGGAAGAAGAUCUUUAUGCCAAGCUGAUCUUCCUGUACCGAUCUCCUGAGACUAUGAUCAAGUGGACAAGGGAGAAGACUAACUGAAGCCCAUCUUUGGGUGUUUUAUUUCCAGACAUACAAAUUAAAGCACAAUACUCUUAGAAGAAAAGAGUUGCCUGGAAACACAAUGGAGGUGAUCGUUUCCCGCAGUGGAGAACAAAGAAGGCUACAUUUUGAAAUUCCCACUGCCUUUACAAGUUAGCCCAAUAAGCUGAAGAUCUUCAUUGUUUGUUUGUUUUUUUAUUCAAAAGGAUUUGAGAUGCCAAUCGUUGAAUUUGGUCACGACUUGCUCAUCGUUGGGUUACGGUUGGGACUUUUUAUCAGGAUGCCUUUGUAUUCUGUAGCUCUUCUUUAAUCACCUACCAUUUGGACAGAGGACCUUAUGAUACUAUAAGGAGGCUGACUGAUACAAUACUAAACAUGGGUUGUGCAAUACGCUGUUAAAAAUGGCUAGUUGGAGCUGGAAACAUGGAAGGAUAUGACGCACUACACAAAAAUCUGAGGAAGUGCAAGCCAUUUUUUUAGUCCUUGACAAGUGAUGGUUCUGCAGGAAACUUAAGUCCAUACCGCUAAGUUUCACGUGAAUGUGGAGGAAAAAAUUAAUGACAAUCUUUUAUGCCUUAUUUUAUUUGUACCGUCAAAUUUAGACGUACGUAGAACAUCAAGGACAACUUUCUCAGGAAAAACGAAGCAACAUCUCAUACAGGGUGUAACACCACCUUGAUUAUUGCCAUCGUUUGGGUAUCAUGUCUAUUUGAUUUUGUUUGUUUAAUAUAAAAUAACAUCACAUGGAACAAAACAACCAACAUUUUGCCUGGAAAGGCAAACAAAAUGUUGAUGAUAAACUUUUAUGUGAACAGUUUUCAUCAGGAAUCCCAUUGUGCAUUUUUAUUGGCAUUGGGGUGAGGAGAAAGACUGUUGAAUAUUUCUACUAAAAUGAAGUGUUUACAUGUCAAAAAGGAAAAACUACGCGCUAAAAGGUAACUCGGAGGAGUAAAUGUUUUCAUUUGAAUUAGACUGGAGACGAGGCAGUCCUAACUAUGCAUUAGAACAUUGUAGCAUGAUUAGUAAGGUUACAAUUGCUGUUUAAUUUUUCAUUCCAUGUACAUACAUUUUUGAAGAAACAAACAAAAAAAAUCAAAAAAAACAAUGUGACUGGGUAUCUAUAUAUAAAAAGGAAAAAAUACGGUGUAAUUGUGGUUUAGUAAUGGCCUGAAAAUAAAGCACAUGUUGCAAAGACUUUUGAACAGCA